UCCAAGACGAAAGAGUUCUAGGGUUUCUCAUCUUCUCCGCAAUCGCCAAUGGAGAACCACGCCGUUGGAGCCAUCAAAACCCUUCCUUUCUGUGUUGGGAGAGCGGAGAGAUCUCAGAAGAUGCCGGUGAUUGGAAGCGCGAUGGGGAGGAAGAUGCUCUCGGAUAUCACCAACACCGCUAGGGCCGUGGAGGUCGCCGGAGAUGGAGAAAGUGAUGCUGUGGACAACCCUGCUUUGUUGAAGCUUCUUUAUGAGAAAAGUAAAAUUAUAGAGAUGAGUGGCAUGGAGUUGCUGAAUCUCCGGACUGCUUUGCAGAAAGCACAUCAGCAGAACUGGCAGCUAGCUCAGGCAAAUUCUCGAAUGCUUGGGGAACUCAACCAAGGGAAAGAUAGAUUAAAAGUGAUGCAGCACGAGCUUAGUUGCGCGCUUGCACUUGUCAGAGCAAAGACUUUGGAAGUAGAGGAGCAGAAGAAAAUAGCUGAAAUUGUUUGUGAGAUGGUGAUAACUGAGGAGCAGAAGAAGGUAGCUAAACAUGUUCCGGAGAAGACCAUUACUGAGCUCAAGAAAGAGGGUGACGCCAAUGUGGAGGUUGUGGCUGAGAGAAACAAUCCUGCUAGUUCCAAGAAUGUGUGUGGUACCAACCGGAAAAGAGCACUAAGAACCAAAUCUUUGGGAUCUAGCAAUGCAGCACAUGAAGUUACUUCUGUGAAGGAAAAAGAUGAAAAGAGAAGAAGAUCUCUGCGAAGGAAAUCUCAAGUAUGUGAACCUACCGAAGAUUUGUUCGAGAUAGAAGAUGCAAAAUUUCUGAUUUGUUCAUCAAGUGAACCUCUGCAUGAAACUGGUUCUUCUCCGGUGGAAAUAUCAGUGAAGGAGUUUGAGAAUGAACAAAAUGAUUCACCACAGAAUCAAAAUCAAAACUCUCGAAGAUCCUUAAGCGGGCGGCCAGUCCGCAAGGCCACUGAGAAGGUUUGCUCUUACAAAGAAAGACCCAUCAAUGUUAAAAUGAGAAGAGGAGAAUGAGCAUUGAUCCCAUUCAAGACAAACUUUGAAAUUGAAUUCAUUGGUAUCUUCUCAGAAAUACGAAGUUAUGAAGGGAAGCAUCCACUUCGAAUGCUUGUGAUCGAAAAGCUUAGCGAUCUUUCUGAAUUUAAUAUAUGUAACUUCAGUAUUUGUCGUCACUUAUUUUGUAUUACUUCAUUGUGGAUGAUGAUAUGUGAGUGAACAUGUAGAAAAUGGUCAAUGUAGGUGACUAAGUUUGUAUCAAUUUAUAAUUUUUUUUUUCUUUUUGGAGGGGGAUUUUUUUAGCAUCAGAAUCUAUUGACAACUUAAAA